UAAAGAAGAAUAACGGUUAUAACAACUAACGUAUUUUACUCCUGACUUUUAACGCCAAUAUGCCGAAUAAAUUUGGCUCUGAGAGAACAAACGGAAUGGUAUCUUUGGGCGGUCCGUCCGUAAGCUGCUCACGUUUGCGGCAAAUCCAAGCUCUGCUGAAGACUAAUGGGGAUGCAGCUCCAGAUGGUAUCCUCUGCUCACUGGGGAUUGACAGCCGCUAUAACGAGGGCUGCAGUGAGCUGGCUGACUACCUUUUCUUUGGACUGUAUAAACACAGCCACGAGCCGCUUCCUGACGACUUUCCUGAGGAGGUGCUAGAUGAUGUGAUCAUUCUCAUUAAGGCAGAGAGUGUGCACCUGUACUGUAACCCUGUGAAUUAUUGCUACCUUCUGCCGUACUUUUCCCACUGGAGAAAUCUGCACUUGCACUGCAUGACUGAGGCAGAGUACGAGGAUGAAGAAUCUGCAGAAGAAUUUAAAAUCUCCAGUUUCGUUUCCAUGGUUGAGGACUGCUGUUGCAUCGGAAUACCCUACAGCUCUCGAAGCCAUGUGCAGAAGUUUGAUAUGUUCAUGUUAGAGAAGUGGCCUAUUAUUCAGGCUUUUGCUCUGGAAGGAAUUGGAGCUGGAUGUUUUUUCACCAUGAAAUAUAAGCUGACUGAUAUGAGCGAGCAGCUUUGGAAGAUUUACAACAGACAGGACCCAGUGUCUUUGGAAUAUCUGAUUAAUGAGGAUUUGCUUUCAUUUAAGAAGCAGUGGAGUUGCUUGUUUUCCAGUAUAAGUGUAGAAAGCACACUCUCCAUGCAGGAGAUGUCCGAGGCUCAGACUGCAGAGCCAUUCAGAACAUAUUACUCCCAUGGUCUCAUCUCAAGUAAUUUCACAGAUAAAAGUAAAAGCCGACAGCCAUUCAUGUUAUUUGGGAGUCACUCUUCAAAAGAGGAUCUGGAUAGCUACUGUUUCACUUUUCCCUCUGAGGCCCACCAGGUGCGCAACACUGGGCCUCGGGGAUGUGCUGCCAAACACAUGGUACUUCAGUGUGUGGAUCCUAAGGGCCCACUGGCCUGCUCAAGGACAUAUUUUUUUGGCAGCACUCAUGUGCCAUAUUUGGAACAUGAUGCUAACACCCAGCAGUCAAAGACUGAAGUGCUGCUGCUGACACAAAUUUAUGCAGCUGCUGUUCAGUCUGUGCUGGCAGGAAUAAAAUGUUUCUCCAUCAACUCCAGUGCUAGAAAGGCAAAGGAUGUAGCAGAACAAACAUUUCACCUGGCCUUGGAAACCUUUGGGUUGCUUCAGUACAGAAGUGCUCUCAGGUCCAAAGUGGAGUUUAGCAUCCAGGCUGUAAACAAUAAGGGCAGAGUUAUAGCUCUUAAUGAGGAGUGCAGCCGAUUUAUUGUAAAAACUGCAUCUAUGGUAGUGUAUGAUAUCCCUGAUCUUCUGUGGGGAGGAGGGGACCUGGGAUCUGUGGUAUUCUCAGAAUCCUUUAUAGAGUCCAGCAUCCACAUUCAGCAGAGAGAUGGCGCUCUCUCUUCCAACAGCUGUUUUACUGUCCUUACCUCGUCAGUCCCACGCUACUGCUGCUGGAUGGUGGAUGAGUCUGAUGUAAAAUUGUCUGAGCAGGCUCUGCAUCUGCUAAAGGAGGAGAAUAAAACAUGUUUGGGUGUUCCCUUAACAUCAAAAGAUUCAGCUCAGCUGUUCUCCAAUAGUCUACUCUCCACACCUGAAGAAGUGAAACUGGUGUUUUUCUCAGAGGGUUUACUUAUAGUCCAUCCACAUUAUGGCACAAUUACAAUCUUCAAAGACCACAUCUGCAAAAUUAAAGUCUACAAUGAGGACUCUAGGUCUGCUGCAGCCUUGCUGUUUAUUGAGUACAGGAGCACUCUGCAACCACAUCUUCCGUUUCCUCUACACAGUGCUGACUGCUGUUUGGCUAUUGCUCUGAUGCCUAAAUCCAAGACCUACAAAAAUCUUUACCUACAGGUCCUGCAGGUUUGGAAUAAACCUGAUUCAGGGCUUCAGGUGCAGCAUGUGGCUCAUGACCAGCUGAGCGUGGACCAGAGGAGCAUGUAUUCCAGAUUUCUUGCGCUCUAUGAAGCACACAGUUCAUCUGCUCCUAAUUCAUCUGCCCCAAAUCCCAUACCAGCUUUGAUGACUGCUUAUCCAGAGCUGCCAGACCUGGACAGGUUUUUGGAGCAUUUUGCUAUCAGCAGUAAUAUCUGUAAAGAGUCGGUCUGCAGUGACCACGUAGCAGCUUUGCUCCCAAGCACACACCCAACACCAGCUGCUCUGGAGUCUGUACAAAAGGCUGUCCUGUACAUUAUUACAGGUUUACCAGGCAGCUAUAAAGAGGAAUUAUGUCAAUUUCUGGUAGAGGUAAAUCAAGAGUGGGAUAGUUGGGAGGUAUACCACUCUGACCUGGAUUCAGAAGGUCUUUGUGUGCCACAUCUUCAAGGGUUUCUGAGUAGCCUUGUUGCCAAAUUAAGUGAGCAACAUUUGAACAGAACAAGAGUACUACUGCUGACACCAGGAUACACAGAUGUGUUAGAUAUGAUUCAAGCUGUAAUAUGUCAUCCUGACCCACAAGUUCAGAGCAGAAUGUGUGUGGGUGCUGUUACAGCCUGUGUCAACCCUCAAACCUCCUUCAUGGAACACAGGCUUCUCUUCCCCAAACUGCUUGAGCAGUGCAGUCAGGGUGCAGUUAAUAAUGUGGUGUUUACGGGUUUGACUGCUGAGCAGAAGCAUCCUUUGUUGAAAUUCAUGCAGCAGUUGAUUCGUUCAGCGAAUCCCAAUGCAGCAUUUAUCCUAGCCGAGAGAGGAGUUGUAUCCAGAAAUGAGGAUAUGCGGCUGAUUCUGAGUGACAGAAGUUUCAACCAGCCCCAGAUGAUAAAGGGCAGAUAUCUGCUUUAUCCUGGCUGGUGGAAAGGCAGGUUUGGGUCUGGCUGUGGAUCUGUUUCCAUGUCUCAACAUAGUGUGCAGUUCAACCGCCCAUUAGAGAGAAUAUUAUUCCUGCAGCACUGCAAAGGAUUAAAGUCGUCCUUCAGAGGAAGCCCUUUCACAGGAAACAUCUAUCACAUCAGUGGGAAAGUGCUCUUCUCUGACAGUGAGAGGUUGAUGGAGGUGAGCUAUAACACCAUCAGUGGGAGUGUGACGGUGGCCCCUGAUCAGCAUACCUCCCCUAACUCCAAAUUUAAACACAGCUGUUACCUAGUCUUCCACGGGGUAGGACUUACCCAGGAGGGCCUAAAAGACUGGCUCAGGCAGUGUGCUAAACAGAAACUGCCAAAGAAAAUAAAGAAGACCAAGAAGACUCUUACACCACAGGAGAUCAGAAACAUCCACAUAAAGAGGCACCUGGAUCCACUUCCUCCUGGCUACUUCUAUAAUGGCUAUCAGUUUGUCAGUUUCUUUGGAGAGAAACAGAAUUUCCAUCCUCUAAUGGACCAGUUUAUAGAGGAGUAUCUACAGGAGGCUAAUGAAGAGAUUGAGUGCUUUAACAGAGAGGUGGAUCUGCACGCACACUUCGAUCUCUUUGAAUAGAGCACAUCCUCUGUCCACUUUCUAACUGGAUGACUCCAGUCCAGAAUCGGCCAUUCACAAUACUUAUCACCUGAUAUCAGCUGAGGAAGUAAGACAACAAAGGAGUGAAGUGUUGGCCACUUUAUUAAAACCACUCUGCAGUGUAAGAAAUAUGAGAUUAUCACCAAGCUCUCCACCACUCCCUAUUUUUCUGUAUGUAUCUCCAUACAAACGUUGUAUUGGUAAAUAAGCACAUCUGGUAUAUAAUGCUGGUAUGCUUUUACUGUGGUAUAUAAUGGUACCACAGUAAAAGCACAGGCAGUGAUAAGAAUUGCUGUAAGACUGUAUUUAAGAGAAAAUCCACUCUUAAAGACUUAAAAUCUUUAUUAUUCUGUGAAAAAUUAUUGCCUCUCAGUGGCAUCCAAAAUGUAUUUUAGGUUUUUUCCCAAUUUUUCAAACAUUUUAUUAACAUGUUCUAAUUUCACUUGAGCUAUUUUUAAUGUUACCCACAGUGCCAUUCUACUGAACUCUGAUAGCUUGCUAACCAGCAAAAUAGGUUAUUGACUGCGUCCCCUAAUUCAGCUUGAUUAUUAAACAGCUGAAUACAGCUGUUCAUUACACUAGCCCACCACCACUGAGCUCUGGGUUCAAAUCUCAGCUGUGUUAUCGGGAAAUGCAGAAGUGCAACAGUAAACAUCUAAUUUAAUAUCAACUUUUUUUUUUUUUUUUACAUUUUUAUCAAUGGCUUUUAGCUGGUCAGGGUCACAGCAGGCAGGUUUGUUUCCACCAGGAAACACUAGGCAGGAAUACCUUAGACAGGGUGCCAAUCCAUUACAGUGCCUCAGCCACCCCCCCCUCCCCAGACAUAGUCAAUAAUAUCUGUGCAGAUGCCCAGCACAGUGCAAAGUGCUUCUUGACAUUUCCAACCUUGAGUAAGUACUAAUUACUAAAGCUUUGACCAAAAAAGUAUCUUUGACCAAGAAAGUAUCUCUCUUAAAUCUGUCUUCACACAUUGUGUGUUUUGAGUGUUACUGAGGCACAGCUAAUACACAGUCAAGUCUUGAGCCUGAUCCAAAUUCUUCACUUUAUUUAUAGGAGUUUUUAGUUUCUGUAGUUAACUAUAUACUGACUGUACAGAUAUACGUUUUACUGGCUGUACAGAUAUACAGUGCGCUGAGAUUCCAGUAGCAUGGACAUGGUUUCAGUGCUUGGAUUCUUGCUGAAUGCUAAUAUAGAGUGUCAGCAGGACCAAACUCACACUAACAAGAAAAGCCUCAGAAGCCCAGUAGAGUGCAGAUGGGGAGACAGAUGUGAAGCUUCAUCAGUCUCUAAACCCCAGCUGUGGAGCUAUGGUGAUCAUCUCUAAUCUUCUGCAGAGCUUUGACAACCAGUGGUAUCUAGCCUGAAGUGGUCAAGCACAAAAAGCAUUCCAUUUGGGGGUGGUUUUAAAGGGGGUAAAAGGAUUAAGGUAAAAGGCAAUGAUCACACCGAGUGUUACGGGACACACUUAUUGGAUUGAGUGAUAUUGGCUUAGAAUUGAAGGUUGUGUUUGUGUCUGAGUGAUGUGUAGCAGUAAUGUAGAGACCUGUCUCUAACUAUAGCAUUUAUAAUAGAGUCACAUAAUAACCUGCUCUGACUAACCUAUUAUUUAUGUAUGUAUAUUAGAGCCUGUAGGGGGGGAAUCUAAUCUGUCAUGCUGUUCGCAGACAGAUUUAGCUCUUCACCUGGGGUCUCGUUCCUCUAUGCAUGUUUACUCUAACUAAAUACACACAGCAGGAGACAAGCAGUGUCGCUCCAAAACAUGAAAUCUCAUAUUUGACCUUGUCUGUAAGAGGAGUAUUAGAAAUGCAGUGUAGCACCUUUGAUGCUUAUUACACUGCUAAAGAGACAUUAAAAAGGAGAGGGGGGGGCUUCCCAAAACUUUAGACACUGCUGCUCUUCUCUGUGCUGCAGAAAUACUGUAAAAGGUAUGUUUGUGGAAUUUUAUACAGAUGUUAGCACUCUGUGGACGCGUAUCACUCUCACCUGAUGCAGCAUGGGUCACAGCUUUAUGGUCAUUGAUAUGCUAGAAAGGUAUGUUAAUGUUGCUGUUGCUAUGGUGAUUUACAAUAUAGUAAACCUGCUACCAUCACCAAGGAAUCAUAUGUACCUUGCUAGAACACAAACUAAAGCCUCUUUAACAUUUCAAACAGUUACGUUUUUGUUUUGACACAGUCAUUUUCCAGGUUGUUUGCUUUUACAAAGACCUGUUACUCAAAAGACACAAUCAUUUAUACUUUUAAACAUUUCCUAGUUACAAGACCGCAUUACAGGACUGCUGUUCAGUUAAAUACAUAUUUUAAGUUCUCACUCUGUGCAAAAAGUUGAAGUCUUGUAUUUCUAAAUUUAUUUAUUCAGUUUUACGUUCAGGAUAGCUUUUACGUCACUGUGAGCUAAUCAACAUUUUUUUUAUUUUGUUGUCAUUAACUUCUUUAACCUGGUCAGGGUUGUGGUUUGUUUACACCAGGGAACACUGGGCAGGAAUACCUUGGACAGGGUGCCAAUCCAUUAUAGGGCCUUAACCCCCCUCCCUUUUCUUCAGACAUAGCCAAUAAUGUCUGUGCAGAUGCCCAGCUGGCUGAUAGCCAGGACCUUGGAUCUCAGUGGUGGUGGGUAGCGUAAUAGACCACUGCACCACACAAGCACAUAUUAACUCGUUUUCCAUUCUGGAUAAAUUUACGUCCCUGUGGGUUAAUUUGUUAGACCAGAAAUGUAUAUACAGAAUUUAUAUACACACAUCGCUACUGGAGGAAGGGAACACCAGGGUUCCAAAAGGUCCUUCCUCAACUUGUGUUAUUAUAAUUAUGAUUAAAAGCUCUUCCUGACAUGUCGACCCAAAACUUCCACAGUGGUUAAAUUGCGUCCAGGUCUGAACUAGAAAAUGCUGUUGCAAAUAAUUGACUAACAAGUAUCGAACCUGUAUGCCCUUGUGCCAUGUCGAUAGGGCAUUCCAAAAGUAUCACUUCCGUCGGGUUAAAAAUGUUACAUGAUAUUCUUCAAGUUUUAAGGCAAAAUAUAGUGACCCCCCCCAUUGUCUGGUUUAAAAACUCAUUUAAGAUACUGCUGUGUUUAUUUCUACAUAGAUAUGUUACAUUCCGUAACUGCUGUUUGCAAUUGGCAUAACUAUGAUUCAUUCAUUCAUUGUCUUACCACUGCUUUUUCCUGAUCAUUGAGCAAAAGGCAGGAAACACCCCAGACAGGGAGCUAGUCCAUCACAGGGCACACACUCACACUUAAGGCAACAUGUAGACGCUCCAGUUGCCCUGACUUUAUGUCGUAACACCUGGGGGUAACCCACACGGACACAGAGAAAACAUGCCAACUCCACACAGAAAGGACCCUGGCUUUUCUUGCUGUGAGGCAACUGUGCUACCCACUGUACCACCAUGCUGCCCAACUUUGCUUGAUGGUAUAAUCAGUUCAGAUGUCCUGUGCUUACAAUGAGUUGACUCUAAUGUUUUCUCCUGUUGUCUGAUUACUGCAGUAAUGUUUUAAACGGCUCACCUCAGUAGGUUACGGCGCAGUGUAUGAGCUGACCCAGUAGUUAAUAGGUAAUUGUACACCCAAGUAAUUGCUAUUAGUCUACCUGGGACAUUUCUGUGUCAAAGUGCUUAUAGUGGAGUUAAAGGGGCUUUAGUGGGUUCCACCUACCAUGCAGUAUGUCUGCAUGCAUUGUGAUAAACUCGGAUGUGUCUUUACUAUGCACUAAGGCAAAAGCAGACUAGCUCCUGUCACAUUGAUUGACAGAAUCUUUGCGCUGAGCUGUCAGAGCUGAGUUACACAAUUGAUGUUGCAUUACAGACACACUCAGUAUCAGAGUGGUGUCAUUAUCAGAAUGAUGCUCAGCUCUGCAGCUGUCCUGGGGCUGCGGGGUUCUGUAACAAGUAUUAAAUCUAACGCAGAGUAGCAGGUCAUUUUUGCACAUUCUUUAUGUGUGUGUUAAGAUUUCUUACUGAGUUCUGUUUAUACCAUUAUAAAUGCCUUUCACCAAACUGGUACUACAAAGAAAAAAAAUUAUUCUAUUUUGCAUAUUUAAAUAAUAUUGAAUUACCUAGAAAACGAACAUGUAUUUUUAUAAGGCUGUGAAUUUAAAGUGCAGCUAAACCUGGGCAGAGAUUCCACUCUUGUAUUGAGUUAUUUUAGAGGAUUGGGCGAAAAGCUGCCGCUAAAGUGCCUUGGUCGAGAGAGCCAGGCAGAACUGAGCACCAGUGUUGGUGAAAGGAUAAGCUGAGUGUUUGUUUUAUGUGUGAAGGGUUAGGAGGAUGCUGGCUGGCAGGAGGGCACUGGAGGGCAGCAAUGCAAAACUAUUUAGACAAAGACAGCUAAGUGUCAGAGCAAAGCAUAAGCCUGGAUUAAAAUGACAUUCUAGGUCUUUUUAAUACAAAUGAUUUAACAGUUGAAUGAAUGAAUACAGAUUUGGGAGUGGAGUCCUUUUUAUUCUUCUUUUGGAGACAGGACUCGACUGAAGCCCUCCAGUCUGCUUUAGCUACUGCCUGCUGGAUUUCCUCUGAUUGCUGUUCCUGUAGAGCUGAGGUUAGAGGACUAAACAGAGUUUUGCGUCAAAGAAAAAAAGCUAUACGUUACAAAAACGUAGAUUGGUUGAAUUAAGAUAUUUGUAUGGGUUUUUUUUAUUUCAUACACUUACAGUUAACAUCAGUAUUCCAAAGGCCAUCUCCUGAAUUAAUUGUCUCAAUUUUGGCCUGCUGUGAAACAAAAUUAUUUAGCAAUAUGUUAAACUGAGGACUUGUUUCUUACCAUAGGCUCUUUCUCCCUGCCAUAAACCACUUUGAAGUCGGUUAAUUGCAAAAUAAGAAGUAAAUCUGCUCCUUGAAAUGAUUAAAUAUUCUCAGGUAUUGGGCAACACCAAAAAUGAGCUGCUUUUCACAGUUGACACAGACAUUAUUGGGCUAAUAAGGUUCCAACUGAUGCUGAAAGGAGCUACAUUUAAAAAGUAAAAAAAAAAAAAUAGCAGAAGUGAAAGGGCUAAUGCAUUUAAGUUCUGCUGAAAAAGGUUUGAUUAGAGAAAAAUUAAUUUCUUAAUGAGCAUGGUUGAACACAUGCCCAUAUGUUCUAGCUCUGGACGAUGUAGUAUAUAACUUUUACCUCAGAAAACACAAUGUUUGGAAUUCAUAAUAUUUUUUACAUUAAAAAACAAUUUUAGACCAUUGUUCUUAUUUAGUGCCAAAAUGUUAUUUAAGGGGUUUUACUAAAAUUGUAGUAAUUGUGUGGAAUUUGCACAAAACUGCUAUAACUCUUGUUUUCUCCUGUAACUGAUGAUUUUUAAAAUGUAUUUGUUGUAUUUUUGAGACUAAAUAAUCCAUUAAAGUGUUUUAAAUCUGA